AUAAUGGGGAGAGGAAAGAUGGAGAUGAAGAAGAUAGAGAACAAGACGAGCAGGCAGGUAACGUACUCGAAGAGAAGAAACGGUCUGUUCAAGAAGGCCAUGGAGCUCACGGUGCUCUGCGAUGCCAAGGUUUCUAUCAUAAUGUUCUCUACCUCUAACAAGCUCCAAGAGUAUAUCAGCCCUUCCAUCACAACAAAGCAAUUAUUCGAUGAGUACCAAAAGAUCUCAGGGAACGAUCUUUGGAGCUCUCAGUAUGAGAAAAAUCUAAAAAAGCUGACGGAGCUUAACGAGGUGAACAAAAGCCUAAGAAGGGAGAUAAGGCAGAGGAGGGGUGAAUCUCUGAAUGAUUUGAACUUGACGGAAUUGCAUGAUCUUGAGCAAGAAAUGGAGGUUGCUGUCAAGGUUAUUCGUGACCGUAAGUAUCGGGUGAUUACUAACCGGAUUGAAGCUCACAAGAAAAAGUCAAGGAAUGCUGAAGAAGUACAGAGAUUUCUUCUACAUGAACUUGAUGCAAGAAAUGAAGAUCCACAAUAUGGGUUAGUGGAUAAUGCAGGGGAUUAUGGGUCCCUCCUUGGAUGCUCAAAUGGAGAUUCUGGCAUAUUUGCUCUACGCCUGAACGACCUAACCAGUAACCAGCAGCCUAAUUUUCGUAGUGGGUCGGGGUCAGAGCUCACAACUUAUACCUUGCUUGAGUAGACCUCAUGAGAUUAUCUCACAAAUUCUCCACAU